AGGCGUAUGAGUACAAAAGCCUAUUGUAGGUUGGUACAAUAGAAUUUAAUAGAUAAAAUUGUACAUUUUACAUAUAAUCUGUAAAUGUGUAAAAGAAGUAAACUAUGUAUUAUUAGCUCUAGGCAAUAAAGAAGUGUGUAUAAACUAAAAGCUCCCUGGACACCCAUUAUAAUUUCUCAAAAUAAACUUUUAUAAAAUAUCUUCUGGAAUUCUAAAACGUGGUUAGACAAGAACUACUGCAGUCUAUUUAUUCAUGAUUAAUGUUAGAACGAUCGGGAGGGGUUGGGGGGACAUUUUUUCAGGCUAUACACGGAAUAAGAUUGAGACUUAAGUCGAAAAAAGGCUUGUUAUAAUUUUAAAACCUACCUUUGUUGAAGAUUUCUUUUCUAGAUAAAAAUGAUCUUUGCAAGACACCAGAGCUAAGAAAAAACAUAGAACGGAAGAUUAUGAGAAUGGUUUCCAGGAAGAUGAAAAUACUCUAGAACUAUCAGAACAACUAUAAAACAAAACAAUGAGAUUUGUCUAAUCCAGUAUGUAGUUCAGGGGAUGGGAUUCACGAGGAGGUUUGCCAGCAGGGCAGACAGUGAUAAUCACAUUGCAGGCACCGAGGUGGAGGGGGUAGAGGAGGUUCCAACCCUGUCCGCCAGGAUAGAAGAGAAACAGAAGAAAAUAGAUUCUAGAUCUUCCAGACCUUACAACAACAGCAAGGUUUAUCCUAAAUCAGGCGAUUCAGAAACAGGUAGAGAAGAGUUAGAACGACAGAAAACUCUACACACAAAAAUAUGUUUGUUUCUCUGUACAGUGCUUCCCUUUGUAACUUUAGUUGCCACCCUUCACCGCCUCUGGUUUAUGGGUAUAAUCAACUUCGUAGAAAUGGAGGAUUGCCCUGACGAAUGGUUGGUAUGGGAAGGAAACUGUUACUUCUUUAUGCCCCAACCCCAGACAUGGCAGGAAGCCGUAGAUACAUGCUCCAGACUUGAAUCUUCUCUCCUGGUUGAUAUAUCCUCUGACGAUGAAAGUAUGUUCCUGGAGAAGAUAACUCUCUCCGGUAUCUGGACUGCAGGCAAACUGAACAGACAGGGUUGGGAAUGGGAACCGAUGGGUUGGAGUAUACAGAAGGAUAAAAUUAAACAAGAUAAACAAAAGAUUAAGAAGAAGAAGAGGGAUAGAACAAUCACAGUUUUGGAUGGAGCUGGAAGAACACUGGGAGGUGGAGAAGCGAGGCUUGUUAGAAGAGUAGAUGGUGGAAUAGAUGGUGAUAUAGAUGUACCAGUAGAUGGGGGAGUGUAUGAUAAAGUAGAUGGUGGAAUAGAUGGUGGAAUAAAUGGUAAUAUAGAUGUACCAGUAGAUGGUGGAGUAUAUAAUAAAGUAGAUGGUGGAAUAGGUGGUGGAGUAGAUGGUAGAGUAGAUAUUGGAGUAGAUGUUUUAGUAGAUGGUGUAGUAGAUGAUGGAGUAGAUGGUGGAGUAGAUGGUGGAAUAGAUGGUGGAUUAGAUGGUGGAGUAGAUGUUGGAGUAGAUGGUGAAGUAGAUGUUGGAGUAGAUGGUGUAGUAGAUGGUGGAGAAGAUGUUGGAGUAGAUGGUGGAGUAGAUGGUGGAGUAGAUGGCCAAGGAAAGUAUACUGGUGAUAUACCUCGUGAUAAACCUUCACUGUAUCGUGCAGAAGAAUUAGCCUUAGAAAAUUUCUCCGACAGUUCCAUAUCUUCUCCGUACUCUACACUGAACCCGGAGAAAUCCGAACCUGAACCUAGACAAUUUAAUAAUAGUCUCUUAUAUCUCAACCUUUACUCGGAGAACAGUGGUAAACCAAAAGUUCUAGGAUCCACUUCUCAUGUUUCUGAGUCCAAAACUAGAAGUGUAUUAGAACUAAUUGAUGAUUCUUAUAAUUUUCCUAAAACAACCAUAUCUCCGAGAAGAAAAGAAUUAACUAAAACUCCGGAGAUUUCUCCUGGAAAACAUUCUUCUCUUAGUACUAGUUCAUAUCCUCGUUCUCAUCCUACACCUCUCACAUCAAUACUCAGACAUUUGAGUCCAGAAGUAGAGUCUUGUUUACUGUUCCGUGGGGGAAUCUGGAUCAAAGACGACUGCUCCGCCAAAAGAGGUUUUGUGUGUAAACUGUCUCCAGGAGGACGAGUGAAGAAAGAAAAGGUUUCCUGCAGGAACAAACAAGAAGUAAAUCUGUACAAUAGUAAUCUUUAUUAUAUAUGCAAAGACGACAAAUAAUUCAUUCAAAUUUAGCGCGUUAACGAAAAAUAUUCUGCGGUCUGAACUUUUUAUUUUCUUGCUUUAGAUUAAUCAAACCUUCUGAGAUAUCCAUAAAACUAUUAACUUAAUCCGUUCAACCACAGGGUUAUCCACAACAGAUGAGCUUGUAAAGACGACUUGAAUCUCUUUAAAUAUGACGAUUCUGACUUCUGAGGCUAAGUUAAGUCUUCUUCCGAUAAUCUGUUUAAUAAUUAGACAAAGAAAUAAUAAUCAUGAAGGUAAAACAACAGACAGUUUAAAUUCUGUACAGUCGGCUCUAAACAGACAGUUUAAAUUCUGUACAGUCGUCUCUAAAGUUUCAUUCUUAGUGGGUCAACCUGUCCAAGGCAGGUAUUUACGCAGUCUGACGGGAUUAACAAUACAAAAGCUCAAAUCUCUGCAGCAUAGUUUCCUAUGAUUUUAUUGCUGUAUUCAUUGUAAAAUUAAACUGCCCACCAUAUUGUUCCAUUUCCCAUAAGUUAGGUUUCCAUAAUUUUACAUUGUAUAAGAAAAGGAAUUAGGUGUUUUGAGGUGCCGCGGCUAAAACCUGCAUCAUAUAUCUGAAAAUCGGAUACAGUGAGAACCAUAUAACUAUGGGAUAGGAAGACGACUGAGACACAGCAAUUGUGAAGUGUAAGCAGACCCUUUUCACCUCAUAAGUGAUUUAAUAAGGAUCUAGUAAAACUAUUUGCUUUGUAGCAACAUCAGAUAACUAUUGCUUUCAAUGUCGUCUUCCUAUUCCAUAGUUUUCUGGUUCUUACUGUAUAAAAGCAUUUUUUACGAAAUCAUUAAAUUAAAGAUGAUAUUGGUUAUGCAGCUGUAAAUAUGUAUAAAGAUGAUUGUUAAUGUAUUUACUUUAAUAUUACACAAAGACGACUGCACACAUGGAUAUUUUAAAAUCCAAGUUGUAGAAAAAACUGAUUCAGAACGAUUACCGGUUGCCCCAAACUAUAAUUUUCUGAACUCUAUAACCUUUUACAUUGUAUUUUUAAACCUUGGAAUGAAAAACUUGGAAUAUUGGAUCUAACAGAUUUCUUAGUUUCAAAUAUCAAAGUUCUACUAAAUCACAUGGAAAAAAGUAUAAGGUUUAGAAAAAUAGAAAAUAUGCCGAGUAAUAAGUUUCUUAACUUAAUGAAAAAGUCAUUAAUAUGUUCAAUAAUUAAUGAGUCUUCUAUAAAGCACGCAAUACAAUUUUGGCAAGUGUAGUGUUUAAAUCUGAAUAAUUUACGAUCAUCACAUUGCAUUAAUGGAUAUUAAUAAGCUUGUAAACUAUAAAUGCAAAAAACAGAAAUUUUUGGUGUGAGUAAUCAAUUUUCAUGUAUAGUAGUAGUGCUAACAUGGUUAAACUGAACUAUUUUAUGAUAGUUCUCCAUAGUAAAUCUCCUGAUUUUAAGCUGCUUAGAAUUUAUCUCCAUUUAUAUGGGAACUAAAUAGAAUAGAGCAAACUGAUUGAAAAUAUGCCCUUUCUGCUUUUUUAUCCUGAUUAGAUCAUUUCGAUAAUUUUGUAAACAAUUUAACAAUGCUGGUGUAAUAUCAAUUUUAUAAAUCGUUAAAUAAAUCUGAAUUAAUUCCA